CAAAUAAUUAAUCUUAUUUCCUUAUAGUGACAUGGCCCCUCAAACCCGUACGAAGCCAAUUUGUAGCCGCCAAAGCAGCCCCACAUUUACUGUGCGAUCACUCAGCGUGACCCGUAGCAUCAGCUCACUCUCCGACGAAGGAACCCUGGUAAGACGCCUACAUCGCUUAAAAGCGACCCUUUCCCCCAUUCGAGAGGAGUGAGGAAAUACGCGUCGCACGGCCCGACGUACUAUCAGCCUUUCCCCUAUUCGAGAAGAACGAGGAAGUACCAAUCGCACGGCCCGGCGCACUCCGGCGUUCAGUAAAACGAACACACAAACACGUCGCCUGCAAGUGCAAAACGAUGUGCCAAGUGUAAUGGGGAACACCAUUCAACCCUACAUGGGCACCCCAGUUUGUUCUGCAAAGAACCAGAAAAACCAUCAAAGAGCGAAGAAAGAUUGCAUAGACCAAAACUGACCCACGUUAUUGGCCAAGCCGACCCUCAUACCAACAGUCAUGAUCAAAGUUAAACACGAUGGCAAGUGGAAUAAAAUACGAGCCAUAAUCAACCCGACCCGAAAGGUGACUAUAAUUGCGUCAGAAAUGGUUGAAAGAUUGAGGUUACCGAAAACGUACCUCGACAAGAUUAAUGAAACCCGGAUUAUUCACCUCCGAUAACAGCACCGUGAUCGCACAAACACCGUACUCGGUUGGACUUUAACCGGUGCUUGUGCGAUUUAAACCCAAAAUCCUGCAAGGCGGCCGGGAUGUUCACACCAAAUGAACACAUCCCUGCAUUGCCCUCCUAACUCGUUUAAAUAGGAGUAAUAAAUGCAAAAAACACCCAACAGCGCCAACAUAAAAACGAAGUACCCAACAAACGGAAAGAAAAAAUAAAAUAAAUCACCACUCAAAUAUACAUACAUCUGAAUUGUUACCCUAAUUUUACAAAUUUUUAUUUUAUUUGGCAUACCGGCAAACACAAUAUAAUAUCUGAAAGAAAUAUUUAGGGAGUUCACAAGUCGUACUAUUUGUCGUAUUUGGUCUAUUGCGCUAUUGUAAUACAACAGUUGUAAAAGUUUUGUUUUUGCUUCGCAAGUAAAAUUUUAAUAUCACAAUACAACUCUGAAAGGCUAAAAGUUAAAAUAAUUAAAAACAAAAAUGGAAUCACCCCGAGAUAAUGACGUCAAAGCCAAGCGUAUCCGUUGCAACCCAACCCGUAGAUGGGCGGCAGCAGAAGAAAAGUCUCUAAUUGAGUUUUUGUUGGAAAAUCGGCAACUUGAGAAGCCGUCCGCUCAAGCUUACUAUAAGCAAUUCUGCAUGGCAAAUAAUCUAACCAUGGAGUGGAAGCUUGUGCGUUCUAAAGUGCGGAACAUGAGAGUGGGCUACAACAAAGCGAUGACAUGGGAAGGUUCGACGGGAGCAGGUAGCAUGAGUGGUGAAACCAUUAAAAGUACUCUACUAAAAAUGUGCACUUUUUUUUACGAGCUCGAAGACAUUUUUGGGAGCAGAGUUAGUGAAUGUGCCGCAAUCGAAGAUACGAUGGACGCUGAGUAUUUGGAUUUUGAGGGUGCUGUAGAAACUCAGAUAGCAGUACCGAUUGAAGAACCGGAGAGCUCCCAAGGCCCAGAUUUCGUUAACUUAUAUUUUUAUUUAUACAUUCAAUUAAUUAAUGUUACGCCUGAAGUGCCAAAAAAUAGUUUUAAGAAACAGCCGAAAGCUCUGUAAUAACGCUGCGAUAGUCCGGAGUUUAAAUAUGUAAACAUUUUAAUUACAUAAGGUGUUCGUCAUAUCUAAAACAACAAAAUUUAAUGUAAUAAUUUUUUAUAAAAGUAUAGCUCAUUCUAUAAUAUAAACCAUACAAAUAAAAGUUUCAAGCUUUUUACGAAAUUCACAAAUAUUUAAUUGUGUAAUUUAUAUUAUAAAAUGAGCUAUACUUUUAUAAAAAAUUAUUGAAAAUAAAUUAUUAAAGGUAAGUUCCAAACAGUAUUACAUUGAAUUUUGGUGUUUUAGAUAUGACGAACACUUACAUAUAUACGAUUUUAUAAAACAUAUAAAUGCUGUAAUUUAUAAAAUAAAUAUUUGUUUACUUUUCUAUAAAAGCUAAAAAACAAAAGAAAACAAACAAUCCGACAAAUGCA